AUGUUAUCGCGAGUUGCUCGCCAGAAAAAUGCGCUCUUCCAUCUUAGGAGGGCCAACGCCCACCGAACAUUGGCCGCGUCGUCAACGCUGCGUCUCCAUUCAAGCUCGACUCGACCAAGUCCGGUCGCCAUACCACAGAGCUCCCAGGCACCCGAGCGACGCCGGAGAUCAUCAUUCCAGUCACAGCGCAAUCUCGCCACAGCUACCGACUCGACUACCUUUGAACACAACUCCUAUAUGCCUAUGAGCAAGGCCACCCUAAACCGCCUUUCCGCAGUUGAUACUUCCUCCUUGGUUAUCAUCGACCAGAUACCGCAAACUGAACCAAAGAUUUUUCGGAAGAUCCGGGUCGGCCGGUUUGAUCGGGCAUCUGCUUUAAUCACUCGACUCACUUCUUAUCACCCCAUGGGAUCUCCUGAGAACAUCGCACUUCAUAAUCGCUACAUGAAGGAAAUGGUUUCGUACAUGAUUACAACUCGACAGCAUGAUAUGAUCAUGCCCUUGCAAAGAUGGUUCGAAAGUGACAUGCCUGCGGCAGGCGUGAAGCCGGAUGCGACCACAUAUGCGAUCAUGAUUCGCAUGGCUUUGCGAAUGUUCGAUGGACCGAAACGGGAUCGGUCGGUUCGUCGGUAUUGGAAUUUUGCCAAACAGGUAGACCUCCACGAGGAUCUUCUCGCCGUUGAAAUUCUCACAGAUUUGGAUCUUGGUGAACUGUCUAGGAUUUGCUUUUCCGAUUUGUCCGAACCUACGCUCGACCUUCCUGUUGCCGCAGAAAACGCCACCGAGAAGAUUGAUGAUAUUGCAGAAGUACUCGCCGCAGAACAAAAGGGCCAGGGAUUAAGUUCUUUAAAGGAGUCCAUGUCACUGUUUACGGAUGGUACCCGUUUCACCGUCCCCGAAGAUUUCAAAGGAACCGAGGAAGAGAAAAUCGAUUUGCAAAACAAAAUGCGCCAACAACAACUCGAGGCCGAUACCAUCAAAUCAUCUUUGAAUCGCUGGCGUGCAGAAUUUGAAGCCAGAGUCCAAGCCGGCGUGGAUGUGGCUUCUGCAAAGAAAAACAUCAAUUAUGUGAUCAGCCAAUGGCAUGGUGAUCUUGUCUCGAAAAUCCAGGAAGAAUUGAGACUUGCCGCCGAAGAGGAAGGGAAACCAAUUCGUACUGAGGAGCAAAAAAGGCGCAUCGAAUACUGCGUUUUCUUGCAAUCAAUGACCAGUGACCGGCUAGCCGCCUUGACUAUCAUUUCUGUCAUGUCUACGUUCACCCGUGGAGGUAUGGAGAAGGGUAUCAAACUUUCUUCAAUUGCUUCAACUAUCGGCAAGGAAGCGCAGCAUGAGUUGAUUGCUCAAGCCGUUCUGAAGGAGCAAGCAAAUGGGACCCCCCACCGCAUGAAGUUGCUGAAGGAGAUGCUUGCAGGCCGCAAGGGCAAGGAUGGUCGAUUGCGGUGGAUGGCUGUCAGUGAAAAAAUGCUGACAGAAAAUGAGACUCUUUCUUGGACUCCUAGAGUUCAGGUUCGAAUCGGCGCAGUUUUGAUGGGUCUUCUUCUCGACAUUGCUAAAGUUCCUGUUCGGACCACCGACCCGAACACCGACAAAGCGAAGAGGACAAUGCAACCGGCAUUCAACCACUCUUAUCAAAUUUCAUACGGGAAACGCUCCGGUCUUAUUCACCUGCAUCCUUCCCUUGUCAAAAUGGCAGUACAAGAGCCACCGGCCGAUCUUCUAGGCCGUCAUCUUCCCAUGGUAUGCAAGCCGAAACCAUGGACCGGAUCGAAAGAAGGAGCCUAUAUGGUUUACAAGAGCAACUUGAUUCGUUCGACGCCGGGUGAAAAUUUGCAACCAAAAUAUAUCGAGGCAGCCUUGAAGGGGGCCGGUCUAAAAGAUAUCCGGAAAGGCCUCGAUGUUCUCGGCAGCACAGGUUGGGUCAUCAACCGUGAUGUAUUCAACGUCAUGCUAGAAGCAUGGAACUCCGGCAAGUCAGUGGCUACGCUGGCACCUCUCGAGCCCGAUCUACCCGCUCCACCAAAACCUGAUCCCGGGGCUGGCCCUGCUGCUGAGAAGGAAUGGCAGCUGCGGAUGCGCGAGAUUGAGAAUUUGCGGUCAGGAUUUCACUCGGUGCGAUGUUUCCAAAACUUUCAACUCGAGGUAGCUCGUUCUUUCCGCGACGAGACUUUCUUUCUCCCCCAUAACAUGGAUUUCCGAGGCCGAGCAUACCCAUUACCUCCUUACCUCAAUCAAAUGGGAGCCGACAACUCGCGAGGUCUACUCAUGUUCAGUGAAGCUAAGCCCCUAGGGGUUAGUGGUCUGCGCUGGUUGAAAAUUCAAAUCGCAAACUUGUCCGGCUUCGAUAAAGCCAGCAUGUCAGAACGUGAACAGUUUGCAAUGGACAAUAUCGACCUUAUCACUGACUCGGCCGACAACGGUCUGCAUGGCAAACGUUGGUGGCUCAAAGCAGAUGACCCGUGGCAGUGUCUCGCCGCUUGCAUUGAACUCCGAAAUGCCUUGCGCUGUCCGGACCCAACCGAGUAUCUGUGUCGUCUGCCGGUCCACCAAGAUGGAUCAUGUAACGGUCUUCAGCACUAUGCGGCUCUUGGUGGUGAUAUUAUUGGUGCAAAGCAGGUCAACCUCGAGCCCUCUGAUCGGCCCUCUGAUGUUUACACUGGUGUUUCCGAGUUCGUGAAGGAGGCAGUAGCCGCAGACGCUGCUCGGGGUGUCGAGAUCGCUAAGGUUCUCGAUGGAAGAAUUUCCCGCAAGAUUGUGAAGCAGACCGUCAUGACCAAUGUUUAUGGUGUCACCUUUAUGGGUGCUAUGAGACAGGUUCGCAAGCAGCUUGUGGAUCACUAUCCGGAGCUUCCAAGUGAAACCAAGAAGACUGCUGCCCUGUACAUUGCGCGGAAGAUCUUCGAGGCCCUGGGUACGAUGUUCAAUGGAGCUCAUGAUAUCCAGUACUGGCUGGGUGACUGCGCCAGUCGAAUCACCCAAUCGCUCACACCCGACGAAAUAGAAUCCUUGGCAAACCAGGCUUUGGUACCUAGUGAUUCCGGGAAAACUGAUUCCAAGAAUCUUGACCCAAGCAAAUCAUUCCGCUCAACCGUCAUCUGGACCACUCCAUUGGGCCUCCCAGUGGUUCAACCCUACCGCACCCGAAAGGCGAGACGUGUAUCGACUACCCUGCAGGAUCUCAGCAUUGUGGAUCCAAGCUCAAACGAUGUGGUAUCAAAACGCAAGCAGCUUCAGGCAUUCCCCCCCAACUUCAUUCACUCUCUCGAUGCCACACACAUGAUGCUCUCUGCCAAUGCAUGCCAUGAAAAUGGUCUCACUUUUGCCGCUGUCCACGAUUCCUUCUGGACCCAUGCCUGUGACAUCGACAAAAUGAACAGCAUUCUACGUGAUGCGUUCGUGAAGAUGCAUUCGGAUGACAUUAUUGGGAGACUCGCGGCAGAGUUUCGUGUUCGUUUUGGCAAGAACUUGUUCUUAGGCAAGGUCAAGGUCACUGGCAAGAUCGGAAAGAAGAUCCGUGAACGCCGUCAAGGCCUAGCCAAAAACUCAAAAAUCGUCGAGUUGCUCGAUGAGCACCGACGACAGACUCUUCUGCGCUCCAGUGAUCCAGCACAGCAAGCCGAAGGCCAAGAAAUGGUCACAUCGGCUAGUAUUUUCGAGCAAAUGGGCGGAACCCAAGAGGACCUUGUCAUGUCUGGGUCUUUGGGAGAAACUAAAGUUGGCCAUGUGCCAGAGAACCUGUCUGUCGCUGAACGGCGACCGGGUGCUAAGGCUGUCGACAACAGCGACCCAGCUAUCCAGAGCUUGUUCGAAGACAUCGAACUCAUGGACUCGGAAUCUGGAUCCAUGGCCGAGGCCGAAGAUGGAGGUGCCCCGACCAAGAAGAUUAGCAAGAAAUAUUCGGAAAUUUGGUUGUGGUUGCCCAUGUCAUUCCGUGAUGUCCCUACUAAGGGUUCCUGGGAUGUUUCGCGGAUCCGCCAAAGCGAGUAUUUCUUCUCCUAA